UCUGACAUCAUUGUAAAUUUGUCAACUGUCAUAACAAUAACAUGCGCUUCUAGGUUAUAAUAAUUUAAAUAAAUUAUAAGAUAAACUUUCCUUAUUGUAUUUAAAAGUAAAAGGUGCAAAAUGGUAAAAAAGAAAAUAGAUAAUCGUAUUCGAGUUAUGAUAGAAAAUGGAGUUAAACUUGGCCAUCGUACCAUGUUUCUUCUUGUUGGUGAUAAGAGCAGAGAUCAAGUCCCAAUACUGUAUGAUAUGUUAGUUAAGUCAACAGUGAAAGCAAGACCUACAGUACUGUGGUGUUACAAAAAUAAAGAUGAAGCAAUAAGCAACCAUGGUCGUAAACGGGCUAAGAAAAUUGCAGCUGGUAAGCUUGAAGUAUCUGAGGAAUCUUUAUUUGAUGCAUUCAGAGUUGCAACAACUAUUCAUGGAAGAUAUUACUCAGAGAGUCAUGCUAUGCUCGGCCAGACAUAUGGUGUUUGUGUAUUACAGGAUUUUGAAGCUUUAACACCUAACUUAAUGGCUCGUACAAUUGAAACUGUUGAAGGAGGUGGACUCAUUAUAUUUUUAUUGAAAACAAUGAAUUCAUUAAGACAACUACAUUCUAUUACAAUGGAUGUGCAUUCCAGAUUCAAAACUGAAGCACAUGACACAGUCGUAAACAGAUUUAACGAGAGAUUUCUGCUCUCAUUAGUGGACAAUGCUCGGUGUCUAGUUCUUGAUGAUGCUCUCAAUGUUCUGCCAAUUUCAUCCAAGACAGCUCAAGUGGAGCCCAUUGAUGUGGUACCAGAGCGAAUAAAUCCAAAGCUUACUGAGUUGAUAAGUUCUCUAUCGGACAGUCCACCAGCGGGACCUUUGGUUGCACUGUGCCGAACACAUGAUCAAGCUACAGCACUAAUAGCACUGAUAAAUACAUUGGCAGACAAACAAACAAGGCAAGUUUUUACAAUUUUUUAAAGGUUCUGAAAAAAC